AUGGAACAUGUGGACCUUUUGGGGUUUGCAAAGCUUCUGAAUCUCCAAUCUGCAGGGUGUUUGGUCUGGUCCAAAGACUUUAUUGAUAUUCAGGAGUAUUCCUCUGGUGGAGUAGAUCUUUUUAUUAGCCUAGCACACGCGGAAUUAGUGACAGGAGGAGCAGUGCUUGAUUGGGGUCGACGCUUCAAGAUUAUUCAGGGUAUUGCUAGAGGGGUUCUUUAUCUCCACCAUGAUUCCUGUUCGAAGGUAAUACAUAGAGAUUUGAAGGUCAGUAACAUUCUCUUGGAUGAGAACAUGAACCCAAAAAUUUCAGAUUUUGGAUUAGCACGUAUCGUUCAAGGCACACAGAGUCUAGCAAAUACUCACAAGGUUGUGGGAACAAUAUAA